AUGUGGAGAACCGGCCUCCUCUACCUCGACCGCGGGGACAGCUCCAUCCUCAACGCUCUGCGCAAUGCGGGGUACGAUACACAACAACAGCCCGGCACGCCUUCACGAUCACCUUCGCGCCGCUUCUCCAUGGCGAGCGACACGGAGAGCGCCCUCGAGGGCAAGCUCAAGCACGAGAUGCGCCAACAGCAGGGCGUCCAGCACUGGGUCAUGCCGCCCGAGGUCAACGGCCUGAAGUUUGCCAGUCCCCGCGCCAGCCCACGCACAAGAGCCAUUGACCCAGCCGAUGCCCUGGGCCUCUCCACCGACGCCACCCUCUUCGAAGAGCCGCUCCUCUACUCGCUGGAUCGAAUAAAGGAAGACGGCCCGCCCGACUACUUUGCCUACGACGACCUCGCCAAGUCGCCGUCCCUCAAAGGCGACAGCGAAGAAGCUGUGUCCGUCACCAAGCGCCGCCCCUCCCACCUCCGCACACCCUCCACCCCCACCAUCGAAUCACGCCUCGCCAGUGCGCAACGGGCAUCGCGGUCGCUUCCCCUCCGAGCCAAGACCAACGAAGGCCUGCUCCAACUCCAAGCCAACACCUCCAAGCCGCAGCGCCCCGCCAACACCCACCAACGCCGCAUCUCCCUCGGCCUCCCCAUCAAAGCCGCCAACGCGCAGGACCAGAACCCCCGCCACCACAGCCCGACCACCCGCUCCCUCCACCCAUCAACUCCCAAGAAGCUGCCAAAGAAGACCGGGCCCACCUCGGCUAUCCAGCAAGAGCGGGACUUGGAGUACAAGCACCGCCACACAUUCAUCGGCACCGCCUCCCUCGACGACUUCCUAGAGGUUCUCGACGUAUCACCCGAGAACAACAUCACAAACAAAGAAGCGGUAAUAAGGGCAUUCAUCCUGUUGGCGUCAAGUGAGCGCCUGCUAGCACGACAAGCAUCCCUCAAACCCGACGGCUGGAGCGUCCUCGCACGAACAUCAGCCGACACCGUCAACACCGACUACGUCGAGCAAGCCCACGCCAAGCUCGGCUCCAUCGUCCUCCGCCAGUUCCUCGACCUCAUCACAUUCAACGAGGAAGAAGAGGCCAACGCCAUGGCCGUCGUCGAAGCCUUCACCGCCGCAAGUCAUCUGGAUGCACAAGCGAGCAAGAACCAAGCGAGCAAAGCCAAAGCCUUUCGGAAGCGAAUGGUGAAAGACGGAGCCGCGCAACCCCAAUAG